GUGCAAGCAGCAGCAGUGAAGGAACACACAUACACCCGGACUGCAUCGGCGCGUGUAUAGAGUGGCCGCGGCCAGCGUUCGAAAAGUCAGUUGCGUUCGGAUUGUAAUCGGAAUUGGUUGUGUGCCGUGUGCUGCGUCGUGUUGUGCGGGUUUCUCUCGGUUCGCGGGCUGUUUCUCUUUCUCUGGCGUCUCGCGUCUUUUCCUCUUCCUUUCCGCGUGACAACAUCAAUAUUCCCCGCGCGCCGUCGAUCGAUCUCUAUCCAAUUAAGCGCGGCACGGUGGAUCGAUUACGCUGGUGCGUACGCGAUCGAUUGAUCGUUCCGUAAACAUUGUGCUAGCCAAGUAGUAGUGGGACACGUAAAACGCAUCGCGCAACAACCUUCACAACCGAACAUUGCCAAAAAGCGGUUCCCCGUGCCCGUGACACUGUGUGCGUUUCGUAAGCAGCAGCAGCAGCAGUAGCAGUUGCGUGUAAAAACCCGUCAACCAGGUAGUGUGGUCUCGCACACACAGGCUGCCCGUGACAAGCUGGAACCGCGAAAGGAAAAAGGGCCUUGAGUUCGCAAUUUGGUGCAAAGAGGACAGUAGUAAUUUCCACACUAUUAUCACCGCGGUGACGGUUUCCUAUACGAUCGUCAGCAAGCAGAUCGCGCACCUCGGGCCGAAGGUGUAAAGCGAUUGUGUCCGAGCAACCGCACACACUGCCAUCGGGAACGUUUCGGUUUGUGUGUGGCCAUAAAAAGUGAUAACAAGUGAUAACGAGAGUGAACAAGUAAUCUUUACAACACACAACACAACACACAUCCACCCGCAAUCAAAAUUUGACGUGACCUUAGGUGUGUUUGGUGGUUGAUCGACACCGUGUGUUUUGACUGCGACCCGUCGAUCGGUUGGCCGUUCUUUGGACUUUGGCUUGGCACGCUGCGCGGACCUUAGCGUUUUACAAUUUUCUGCUUCGUCUACCAAAAACAGAAGGGAAAAUUACGGCAUGUAUCAUCAAUUUAUGGAGCUGCGUGUGGUGUGGUUCGUCGUCGUCAGCCUAUGGCUUGCCCGGCUGAGCCCCGUGCUGGCGUCAGGCUUCGGCAAAUGUCCCAAUUACCCUUCAAUGCCAAAGUUUAACAUGACAAAGUUUUUAGGCAAAUGGUAUGAGGUGGAGCGGUCCUUCUAUCUGCCCGAGCUGGCCUCCGGCUGUACCACGAUGACCUUUGAAAACACAACGCUCCGAGACGAGGCCGGCCGAAGCCAGCUGGAAAUUUCGAUUAAGUCUGUCAAUCAAUGGACGGGAAAUCCAUCCAUCAGCAUCGGUGAAGCCGUUCCCGAGAGUGAAACCUCUUCCAUCAUGAACGUCCAGCUUCAGUCACGGCUUCCGACCGCAAUCGCACGGCUCCUGCCUGGCUCGGGUCGAUACCAGGUGCUCUACACCAACUACGACAAUUUCGCCAUUCUCUGGUCGUGCACGAGCUUCGUGGCAGUUCACGCGGAUCAAAUCUGGCUGCUGGGACGCGAGCGGGACUAUUCGACGGACAUUCGGAAAAAGAUCUACAACGCACUGGAGCAGCUCAGCCUCGAUCCGGACCGUUUGUUCAUUGCGAAGAAUAAAAACUGCCCAGCCACACUUUAAGCUUUCCAGACGCGCAGCAAGAGACCACCACCCCUAGGACUACUUACGAUUACUGAGGAUCUGUGAUAUUAUUAACAAUAUAUAUUCGGUGCAUACUGAAGCUAUAAACGGCAACGGAAAAGGACAUUUGGAAUAGAAGGACAGUUGGACAGCGAAGACCCACAGGGAGACACAGCCAGCCAUAAGUUUUCGGAUGCCUACACACAGUUGGUUUUUCCUUCAAAUAUUUAGCAAUAAACAAGAAAACCGAUCGUGUAAAUUAAAACGCUGAUAUUAUUGUACGCAUUGAGAGCUGCAUAAGAUAUCGAAUAGUAGUAUUUUGUCGUGUUUUGUUGUUGUUGUAGUAGUAGUUAGUAUUGCGCGAUUUUACUAUGACCAUCAUAAGGGGUAGCGAUUAUAGUUUGUUUUAAAAAAAAGCUUUCAUUUCGUGUGGGAUUGAUUGAUUGCAGGCGCGUUAGCGGCAUUUUAUAAAACAAAGUUAAAUGUAAUGCUGAAGUAGAGAGAAAUACAGAGAGAGAGGUAGUGAGAAAGAAAGGGAGAGAUUAUUGUGGCGGACAAAUUGUCUGUGCGUGGUGUGGUGUACGUACCCACGGUCAGAGAUGUUGUGCGCUACGCCGUUUUGUCCCGUGUUUCGCGUUCACACUAAUCAAUAAUGCUCUUAUUGCGCUAGCUUAAGUACUGUUCUUAAUCGGUAAAGAAUAAAAUUAGCAGAAAUGCA